CCAAAUACUCUGCAAACUAAAUUAGAGAACAAGUAUAAAUUUUGUAAAAUAUAAGAAUACAAACAGCAAGAGACAAACCAUUCAUAUACUUAGUACAUUUGUUUAUAAGAAACUGACAAAUCUAUACCGAACAUUAAUUUGUUUUUAAAAAUUAAAUUUUAUAAAUCAACCCGAAACGGGAAUAAAGAUUCGAUUAUAAACAGACUCGAACAAAAAAAAUCCAAUUUUCCGGUCCUAAACUAAUUUCCUCGGAUGCUGGGACUUUCAAGACGCUUCCACAGUAGUUUACCCCCGAUGAACUUAUCGAGCUUGUUACCAUCACCGUCAAUUAAGCUCUUGAGAAAUGAAGAUCAUAGAGAUCCAAGAUUAUCACCUGAGAGAUACACCGAGAGCUCGCCUAUACAACCAUCUCCACAGCCAAUCGAAAAGCAAAAAGCGGGUCAUUUCACCGCCAUCACCAAACCAGAAAGUCUCCAAACUUGGAUGAUCAUAUUGUUUGACAAAACGUGCUAUGGGAAUGGGCAAUGAAUAUGGUUGACUAAAGAGCCCCUUCAAACCUUGCCGAUCGGAUCUUUCUCUAUGGAGGCAGCUUGUCAACUUGAAAUAUUGACGCGGUGGUGAGACUAAUCUGAGAAUCGCAGUUAUCCGGCAGAGUAAAUUAUCUGUUGGGUGGAAAUGGCGGCUUCAUCUGCGACGUUAUACUUUGGGUUUCUAAUUGCUUCCAUCACUUUGUGGAUGAUCUUCAGGUUGUUUACAUGGAUGCUCAGUCGAGUGCUUGGAAUGUCUGUUAGGUUCCGUGUUAGCAGUAGGAAAUGCCUGCGGGAUGUCGUGGUGAUGUCUGAAACGGGUGCCUUUGAGUCAUCGUCCGCUGAUGAAAUUAAAUUUGGUGUUGCUUUUCUUUCUGGAGAGCUAUGUAUUAAAGUGAUGAUAUAUGAUCUUGAUGUUGUGAUGAGAUCCUCUGGUGCUUUAUCUUGUGACAAACUCACUCUCUGUUUCCAACUUGGAUAUGACAGGGCAGUAGGUAUUGUGGUUAUACGAACCAUGGAAAUUGUAUCUGGAGAUGUAACUAUGAAACUGGACAAUGAUUUCUUUUCCCAAAUCAAUCCAUCAUCAGCUACUGCCCUGUCUACCAAAAAACCUCAUAAAGAGUAUCAGCUGUCAGCACUUGCAAAAUAUUCUAUGUAUUUUCCUGAAAAGGUUUCCUUCAGCUUACCCAAACUAGAUGUCAGAUGUGUGAAUCGAAAACAUGAUCUGUUUGCUGUGAAUAACGUCACGGCAAUUAUCUUGAGGAGCAUUAAAUCGAAGUCUGUUGAAGAUUCAGGGGAUAUUACACGUCUUAACGUUCAGAUGGAACUCAAUGAGAUUCAUCUCUUUAGAGAAGCUGAAUCCUCUAUAUUAGAGAUUAUUAAAGUUGAUGUGGUGUCUUUGAUCGAGAUCCCUUUUCAGCCGGUUCUGCCUAUUAAUGCUAACCUUGAAAUAGAGCUAGGAGGUACCCAAUGCAAUCUAUUCAUUUCUAGGCUGGAGCCAUGGUUGAGCCUUCUUUUCCCGGAGAAGAGAACCCUCGUGGUUCAAGAGGAAAUCUGCACUCGAGAGAAAUUGAAAGCUGCCGAUAUGAAAACAAUUAUGUGGACAUGCACAUUUUCAGCCCCUGAGAUGACUAUGUUAUGUGGUAUCGAUGAUUUGCCUUUGUAUCAUUUUUAUUCGCAGUCAUCACAUGUGUUUGCAAAUAACAUUUCAAGUAUGGACACAGCCAUCGAUGUUGAACUUGGUGAACUGAAUUUGCAUUUGGCAGAUGAGUGCCAACAAUGCUAUAAAGAAAACAUUCUCGGAACAGAGCCAAACUCUGGUUUGUUGAUGCAUAUAGAAAAGAUUAGCUUGAACUGGGCAAGACGAGAUUGCAGAAACGACUUAGUGCUCUCUGUAAACGUGACCACAAUGAGCAUCUAUUUAUCAUACAAGCGCGUCGAAUCUCUUAUAACAAAUGCUGUCUCCUUGGAAGCUCGCUUUAAGAAGUUAACUGUUUCAGGCGAAAAGACGAAUAAGACUGGAGGAGUGGAACUAUCCCAUGCAACUGAGAAAGAAACUAGGCUUGCGAACCUUACUCUUACACGUUUCAUUGUAAAUUUCUGUGAUGCUACAGGAUUGGAUAAUACAGUUACAGACUCGGUCUCUCUUGAAGUAACAGGGUUUAGCUAUUCUCUCAACAAGGAUAAACACUCAACCGAAAUGGAAUUUUUAGGAGGGAAAGCCAUCUACCAGCUCUAUAUACCUUGUUCGAAGGUAACAUUGUUUGAUAUGCACAACGCCAAGCUUACACGUCUAUCUGGUGGGCUUGACAUUAAUUUUCUUUUAAGUGCGGCUGAUAUAACGCUGGGUUGGGAACCGGACGUGCAUCUAUAUUUAUAUGGACUGUAUCUGCGUUUGAGUUCAUUGGCAUAUGCACAAAAUGCUGAAGAACAUGAAUGCGCGGCCGGUUCGGUUGACGUGGAGACGACGGAAAGGAAAUCGAUCUUUGCUAUUGAUGUGGAAAUGUUGGCGAUAUCAGCUGCGCUAGGAGAUGGUGUGGAGGUCAAAUUUAAUGCUCUAUCAAUUUUUACUGAGAAUGCUUUCAUAGGAAUGCUUGUUGAAGAGCUUAUGCUUGCUUUGAACGGAUCUCGAGUACUGAAAACAACAAGAAUGCAACUAUCAAGAAUCCCUACCGUCUCUUUGGAUUUGUCUGAUGAUAUAGUCCCUGUGAGGAGGACAAGUGGUCCUUGGGACUGGGUAGUACAAGGACUCGAUGUCAAUAUUUGCAUGCCAUGCAAACUACAGUUGCGCGUCAUAGCUGAUUCCAUUGAAGAGAAGUUGCGAGACUUGAAGCUUAUAACUGAACCUGAAGAAGAAAGCUUGGAGCCUAAGAAUUCAAGUUCAGGUUUUGGCCGGUUAAGAUUUUGCAUAGGAAGGCUAAACGCAUAUAUUGAGGAAGAACCUAUCCAGGGUUGGCUUGAUGAACACUAUCUGCUGCUGAAGAAAGAAGCAUGUGAGUUGGCUGUAAGAUUGAAGUUUCUUGAAGAUUUUAUACACAAAGCAAGUCAUAAAGGUGCAGAAACAAGUGAAAGAAAAAUAGUUUUUGAUGGGGAUGAAAUUGAUGUCCAUGAUCCUUUAGCUAUUAGCAAAGUCAAGGAAGAGAUUCAGAAACGGUCGUUUCGAUCAUAUUAUCAAGCAUGCCAGGGUUUAGUUCCCUCGGAGGGUUCAGGUGCUUGUAGGGAGGGAUUCCAGGCAGGUUUUAAGUCAAGUGCUGCUAGAAACUCUCUUCUUUCGGUUUGCGCCACAGACUUUGAUUUAAACUUGACGGCAGUUCGUGGCGGUGAUAGUGAUGCUGGGUUGAUGCAAAUCUUGAGAAAGCUUGAUCCUAGUUGUAAAGAAAUAAGUGGAAGCAAGGUUAAUCUGAAAACUGGAAGCUUGGUGGUUAAGUUAAGAAAUUACACACUUCCUCUUCUCUCUGCCAGUUCUUGCAAAUGUGAAGGUCCCAUUGUUCAACAGGCGAUGAGUUCUCAGCCAGAAAUGAAGACACACUCGGAUUUGAGCAUUUGCUUUGAACAAGGAGAAGUUUCUUUUGGAGUUGGAUAUGAACCAGCUUUUGCAGACAUUAGCUAUGCCUUCACAGUGGCUCUUAGUCCAAGGAGUCCAUGUGCCCCACAGGUUUCCAACGAGGAACAAAGCUUACCUUGGUGGGAUAAUAUGAGAAACAACGUUCAUUGCAAUAUCACUUUAUCUUUUUCUGAAUCGUCCAAGUGGAAUGUUCUUGCUACAUCAGAUCCAUAUGAGAGUCAAGAUGAACUCCAAAUAGUUACCGGUCCUAUCGAAUUUAAGCAGUCAGAUGGUCGUGUGGUUGUUAAUGCUAAAGACUUUAAGAUAAAGUUGAGGAGUCGACACUCUCUAAAUGUUCCAGCUGGCGGCAACUCUGGAGCUGCGUUUUUCGAAGCCCCGCUGUUUAAUAUCCAAGUUACAAUGGACUGGGAAUGCGAGCCUGGGAGUUCUUUGAAUGUUCUUGAUCCGCUGAGAUCAGCAUCGCUCUCGCUUCGAUGCAAUUUAUCCCUUAGAGCCAGUGACAAGAAUGAGAGCAUGUCUCCUUCAUCACCAACAAUUAAUCUUGGAGCACAAGAUUUGGCAUGGAUACUCAAGUGCUGCAGUUUGUAUAGUGAUCCUCCGCACAUGUUACGUUCUUUCUCCGGAAGGACUAGGUUUGGAGUCCCAAGAGUUGUCCUAGUAGCUGAAGACUUAUCUCUAGAUCAGGUGAUCACGGAGUUUAUGGUCCGUGUAGAUGCCACUCCUUUUCUAAUAAACUACGUGCCUAGUGACCUUGAUGACCCUGCCAAAGGAUUGAACUUUGAUAUUAAAGAGCUAAAAUACGAAUUAUGCUACAGUCGCGGGAAGCAAAAUUAUACAUUAGAGUGCAAGCGGGAUGCACUUGACCUUGUAUAUCAAGGUCUUGAUGUUCAUGUGCCUAAGGUUUUUAUUAACAAAGAUGGGCACAAGGGGGAUGAAAAGAAUCGUGAUACAGGGUUUCUAUUGUCUUGUGAUUAUUGUACUAUUAGAAGACAGGCUCCAAAAGCUGAUAUUGAAAGACUAUCCGCAUGGCAGGAGGCUGGAAGAAAAAAUCUUGAGGUUACAAAUAGAAACGAGAGUGAUGAAGAUCUACAAUCAGAUCCUAGUGAUGAUGAUGGAUACAAUAUAGUCCUUUCUGACAACUGUCAGCGGGUCUUUGUUUAUGGUCUCAAACUCUUGUGGACGAUAGAGAAUAGGGAUGCUGUUUUCUCUUUUGUUAGCGGAAUAUCGAAGGGGUUCGAACCUUCUCCUUCUCGUCAGUAUACGCAGAGCAAGAUUCUUGAAGGAAACCAAAAAAAUCAAGAGGAAACUUCAACAUCUUCUGCAAGCUCAGGAGAAAGCCGAACAAUUGAUAAAGUUGAGACCAGCGGAUCUCAUGAAGAAGGCAUUAGUCACUUCAUGGUGAAUGUCAUUGAGCCACAGUUUAAUCUUCACUCAGAGGAGGGUAAAGGUCGCUUUCUGCUGGCUGCCGCUAGUGGUCGUGUUAUAGCACGAUCAUUUAAAUCUAUUAUGCGUGUUGACGAAGAAGUAAUCGUGCAGUUUCUUGGCACAACAAGUUUACAGAGUCCAAAACGUAUUCCUGAAAUGACAUGGACACGAUUGGAAAUUUCUGUGAUGUUAGAGCAUGUGCAGGCCCAUGUUGCUCUCACUGAUGUUGACCCAGGUGCUGGGGUGCAGUGGCUCCCAAAUAUUCGAAGAAACUCACCAAAACUGAAGCGUACUGGGGCUCUACUUGAAAAGGUUUUCAUGCCUUGUGACAUGUACUUGCGGUAUACCAAACACGAAGGUCUAUCCUCGGAUCUGAAGAUAAAACCAUUCGAAGAGAUUACUUUUAAUUCGCGGAAUAUAAAAGCUACAAUGACAUCUCGACAGUUCCAAGUUAUGAUGGACGUUUUGACCAUCCUUCUCUUUCCUCCAAAGCCUCGCAAAAGUAGUCUCCAUUUUCCAACUGAAGAUGAUGACGCUGUUGAUGAAGUAAUUCCGUACGGAAAUGAAGAAGUAGAAAUUGCAAAAAUCAACCUUAAAGAGAAAGAAUGGGAGCAAAAGUUGCUUCUUGUUGAUAUUCAAAUAUUGUCUCAUUAUUCCGGUAAUAUGGAAGACACGCAUGUGGAGAAAGAAGGUGACUCGUGGAUGAUUAGUUCCAGAAAAUCCAUACUGGUGGAAAGACUAAAGAAAGAGCUCUUAUAUGUACAGAAGUCUAGAAAGAUGGCUUCUGCAUCUUUAAGAAGUGCGCAGCAGAAGUCUGCAAAUCUGCAACUGAUGGAGAAGAACAAAAGUGCACCAUAUGCUAUGCGCAUUUCCUUGGAAAUUAAUAGGGUUGUUUGGUGCAUGGUUGUAGAUGGUAGAGCCUUUGCUGAAGCAGAUAUAAAUAACAUGAUUUAUGACUUUGAACGAGAUUACAAAGGCAUUGGUGUUGCUCGAUUCACCACCAAGUUCUUUGUUGUUAGGAACUGUCUGUGUAAUGCAACUUCGGAUAUGAUUUUAUCAGCAUGGAAUCCUCCAUCCGAGUGGGGAAAGCAAUUCAUGCUACGUGUGGAUGCAAAGCAGGGAACACCAAAAGAUGGAAAUCAUCUUGAACUUUUUCAUGUGGAGAUUUACCCUCUCAGAAUCCAUUUGUCAGAGACAAUGUACAAAAUGAUGUGGGAGUACUUCUUCCCAGAGGAAGAGCAGAAUUCACAAAGGCGACAGGAAGUUUUGAAAGUUUCGACAACAGCUGGUUCAAAACGUGUAAAGAGACAGUUAGCAAGUCAUGAAUCUUCUAGCUCUUCUGCUGCAGUACAGUCACAAAGCAAUGUUGACUGUGCUCAAAAAUCCAAUAUUCUAGACGUUAGGUCUACCGCUGGUGUUUCAGCUGAUCAGGAAUUGAGACGAACGUCUUCUUUCGACAGAACUUGGGAAGAAAGUGUGGCAGAAUCUGUAGCUAAUGAACUUCUUCUACACUCUUAUAAUAGCCCUGUCUCAUCUUCCAAUGACCAAAAAGGGGAGUCCUCUAGACAGAUGAAUCUCAAAAACGCAAAAACUGACAAGCCUCGCAGCUCUUCUAGCAGAGAAAAGAAGGCUAGAAAAAAACAAGUGGAGAUGAUAAAGAUUUCCAAUAUUAAAAUAAGACAGGUGGAACUUCUAGUUACCUAUGAGGGAUCAAGACUGGUUGUAAACGAGCUGAGACUGUUGAUGGAUACAUUUGCUCGUGAUGAAUUUGCUGGGACCUGGAGGGGACUUUUUGCUCGUGUUAAAAAACACAUAACAUGUGGAGUACUGAAGUCUGUUAUUGGAAUACAGGGGAAGAAAUUUUCAUACAAAUCACAAAAGAAUGCCCAGUUUACUGACGAUGACCUUAAACUAAGUAACAAUGAUGAAAGUGUUACAUGGAUAAAAAAAGAUGAAAGCGGUGGAGCUGGGGAUAAUUUUGUAACUUCUGUUCGAGGACUCUUCAAUACCCAGAGACGCAAGGCGAAAGCAUUUGUCAUAAGAACUAUGAGGGCUGAAGCAGAAAAUGACUUCAACGGGGAGUGGAGUGACAGUGAUGUUGAAUUUUCUCCUUUUGCCAGGCAGUUAACUGUAACAAAAGCGAAGCUCAUCAGACGGCAUACUAAGAAAUUUCGUCCAAGUUCUAAAAGAGGUUUAACGUCCCAACAAAGAGAGGCACUUCCAUUAUCUGUAAAAGAUUUUGAGACCGAUGCAUCUGAAAGUUCUUAUUCAAGCGAAUCUUCACCGUACGAAGAAUUUUCCGGAUAAAAAUCAUUUUGUCCAGACAUUGAAAAGAAUAGAUGUACCCUAAGCCAGUGCUGCCAAGUGACAAGUUUCAUUUGUAACAAAAUAUUAUAAAAGAGAAGAUUUAGACAACAAAAGAAGGGAAAGUUGCUUGGAUAUCUUGUGCAUAUGACUUAGUUUUGGUUUCUGAUCAUGCUUUGUCAUUGGUUUCUUUUGCUUUGUUUUGUGCGGAGAAAGCUUUCGUUUCUUUCAGCUGAUGUCUCAAGGGGAAGUUAUUGUGGGAGCCAAACAACCAAAUUUGUAAAAAGUAACUUUUCGGGGAAACAAAGUUUCUAAGUUUAAUCA